UUGUGUGAGUUUGUGGGUUGCCUUGCUUUGCUUCGCUGUCGUUUCGCCGGCCAACGACCAAAGACAAAAGAAUUGUUACCGUUUUGGUAUCUGAUUUCGACAUUACUCUUUGCUCUCUCUCUCUCUCUCUUUCUCUCUCUCUCUCGCUGCCUGUGUUUGAUUUGAUCCUUCAAGAUGAACGACCUCCUCAGUGAUUCAUUUGUUAGUGAGGCCAAUAAUGGUCAGCCUUCUAGACAAAGUGAUAUUGAAAUGGGAAUGCAUGUUCCGAGAAGCAACUCUGAUAUGGGAAUGGAAACUUUUAAUAAGCAGAUCCAAGAGGCUGAUAAACAAAUUGAUAAGCUGUCUGGGCUACUUCAAAAGCUAAAGGAAGCUAAUGAGGAAUCAAAAUCUGUUACGAAGGCAUCUGCCAUGAAAUCUAUUAAGAAGAGGAUGGAGAAAGAUAUUGAUGAAGUUGGAAAGAUAGCACAUGGAGUCAAAUCAAAAAUAGAAGCUAUAAACAAAGAUAACCUAACCAAUAGACAAAAGCCUGGCUGUGAGAAGGGGACAGGUAUAGAUAGAGCAAGGAUGAAUAUGACAAAUUCCUUGACUAAAAAGUUCAAGGAUCUCAUGAUAGAGUUUCAGACUCUUAGACAAAGAAUACAAGAUGAAUAUCGUGAGGUUGUGGAGAGAAGAGUUAUUACAGUCACGGGAACUAGGCCAGAUGAUGAGACAAUUGAUCACCUGAUAGAAACUGGAAACAGUGAGCAAAUCUUUCAGAAGGCGAUUCUAGAAGCAGGCCGAGGACAGGUCGUAAACACCGUAGAAGAAAUUCAAGAGAGACAUGAUGCUGUGAAAGAAAUUGAGAAAAAACUUCUUGAUUUACAUCAGAUAUACCUCGACAUGGCAGUCUUAGUUGAUGCUCAAGGAGAAAUUUUAGAUAACAUUGAAAGCCAGGUCAACAAUGCAGUCGAUCAUGUCCAGAGAGGGACAACUGCACUUCAAAAUGCUAAGAAACUCCAGAAGAACUCUCGAAAAUGGAUGUGCAUUGCCAUCAUUAUACUGUUGAUAAUAGUAGCUAUCAUAGUUGUUGGUGUUAUCCAACCUUGGAAGAGUAACAAGGGUGCUUGAGUCUGGCCCUUUGUCCCUUGUCCAUAUAUACAAUAGUUGAGUUGGUUCUGAAAGCAUUUGCAUGUGUCAGCGGGACAUCUUAGAGCAGGAUUUUCAUGUUUUUUUAUUUUGUAUGAUGCUUGAUUUGUGUGGUGUGAUUGAUUUCUGACUAUACUAUAUACUUUGGUGUGUCUCACUAUAUGAAAUUCAUAUUCUUUGUAGCCUUCAAAGUUUAU